AUGGAGAAAGCCCCUUCAAUUGAUCUCUAUCUACCCGCGGAAUCGGGGCAAGGCGGCUGUUCUGGCAAUUCUUUAGCUAUCGGUUCAUCUACUGGCUCUGAAUCACCUAAGCAUAAGAAAUUAAAUUUAACUGCGUUGUUGCGAGCGCAGAAUAGGGCAGAGGAAGUGGAGAAAGAAUUUCAGCUUAUGCGGGCUCGUAAUGAGGUGCGUCUAGCGGAGUUAGAGCUGGAUUCGGACGGUGCUUCCGUCGUUGAUGUGCAGGUUGACCCGCAGGAUAAGGUAAAGGAUUACCUAGCCGGGGUUGUAAGUAGCACGCCCAUGUGUGAGGCACUAGCGGUCCAACCGACUUCUUGCGUGGUUAAGGCUUUCGACGGCAACCCAAGGUGCUAUUGGAGAUCUAUUCAAGAGUUCAAAUUUCACAUAGAGGAUAGUGUGCAAGAUAGUGGACAGAGGAUGCUAUAUGUGAUUCAUUACUGCAGGGGUCCUGCGAAAGAAGCCGCGGCUGAAUGCGUAAUGUUGCCUCCUGAGAUUGCUUACGGUAGAGCAAGAGAAAUACUUAAGGAUCUCUUUGGGAGGGAACAUAUGGUGGCCAGAGCCAUACUGGACGAUCAGUUCAAGAAAUUGAAACCGUUGCAUGACGAUGCAGAUUCACUGUCUCGUUUAUCGAUAAAUCCUCAAAACUGUCACGUUUCUCUAAGUCAAAUGAAUCAUCCUAGUGACAUGCAUCCCGUCUCAACCAUAGAGCGAAUUCUCCGCACGUUAUCGAAGGAUGCUCGUCGAAACUGGGCAAGGUUGGCUGACUCUAUGGGCAACCUUGGAAAACAAAUAGGUUUCUCUGACCUACGCAACUUCGUUUCUCAAGCAGCCCGAAUCGCUCGCAGCCGCUGCGCGAUGACUCGAGCUCUUUUUGCGACGAAAGACAUGGACCGGCGCAGUGUCGUUGGUUCACUGACUUGCCAAUGCAAGCAAGAUGGAAAGUGUGGUAUAGAGAACUGCUUGCUGUCUCACCAUCAUCUGUUGCAUGUAAUGCCGGAUGCCAACAAAUCCACUUUAGUUGGUUUGUGCAACUCGACAUCUCAGACGGAAUCAGGAACCUGCAUUGGCGUCGUACCGGUUUGUGUGAAUGGUCCGCAAGGCAGCGUUCUCACGUACGUAUUGUUGGAUCGUGGGUCGGACGUAACAUUGGUUACGAAGGACUUGCUUGAUGAGGUUGUGAGUGGGACCUCCACCGUGCAGGCUACAAGUCUCAGAAUUGAGUUUGAAUCGGCAGAUUCAGGUGAGACCGUAGUGACUGAGCAGGCCUUUGCAAUACGCUAUCUGCCCGUCAGCCCAUCGGUUAUGAGCCCAAAGAAGAUAGCUAGUCAAUAUAAUGACUUGAAGGAUACUACCCUUGUGGAGUUUCUAGAUAAGCGUGUGAGAAUAUUGAUAGGAGAUGUUCCAGGGGCACAUUGGCCUAUGGAGAAGAGAUUGGGCAAGCAGAAGGAAUGUUACGCUUUAAAGACACUUUUGGGUUGGGUCCUAAUUGGUCCGUUGUCUAUAGGACAUAGAGUCUGGAGACAUGUGCACCAUGUAAGUAUGAAGAAAGAUGACAUCACUGCUCAUCUUAAGGCUCCGUAUGAGGCUGAUUUCAACGAUUUAGAGAUUCCGGCCUACCGUAUAGAAACCCAGCUCCGACUUUGCUUUGCCUAUCCGGAGGUUCUGGUAUUACGCGUCACUCGAAGAUACCGUUCGACCGUUACACGCUUCGAAUUGUUGAAGAGUCCUCAAUGUUCAAAGAUGGUCAUUGGGAAGUACCAUUACCGUGGGGAACGGUAA